CUAUGGAGCGGGCGAUGGACUUCCAAUCCUGGCUAGGCUCUGGGGAGCCGCGCCAGGGUAGAAAUCUUGGGCUGAUGUGCCAGGGUCCACACCCGCCUUAAGAGGGGCGUUGCUGGAGGCUGCUCUUGAAAAGUCUUCCUCCUCUCUCGCCACGAAUACUCUUCCAGCGACGCCACCCAUAUAUAUCGUCACUUCCAUUACGAGACCAUGGCAACAGAUAAGGAUGACGAGCACUUGCUCCCCGCCCAACCGCACACUCAGGCUCAGGCACCGAUACGGACCCGGACGGGCAAGGAUUGGAAAGAUUACAUGUCGCCAUCCAAGAGAUCUCCGUCGCCCAGCGACUUGGAGGAUGGAGGGAGGCUACCGGGAGAUGUGGAUACUCCAAAGGGCCCUCCUCCGCCUCCACCAGCCCCUCCGCAAUGCCCCAGGGAAAAGCCGGUAACGUGGCUUUCCCUGCCUCGAAAGACACAACUUAUCGUUCUGACCCUCUGCCGUUUCUCCGAGCCGCUCACGCAAACCUCUGUGGCAUCCUAUCUCUAUUACUACCUAUCCUCAUUCCACCCUCCGGAUAAGCCUCCCCCCAGCGCAGAGACGAUAUCCCGUCAGGCCGGAAUAAUAGCCUCCUCUUUCGCCCUCGCGCAGUGCCUCACUGGUAUGUUGUGGGGCCGCUUAUCGGACAGGAUAGGGCGAAAGCCCUGCAUCCUCUUCGGCCUCGCGGGGACCGCAAUAUCGAUAAUUGGGUUCGGCUUUUCCGAAAAUCUCGCUAUGGCGCUAACCUUCCGCGUCCUGGGCGGUUGCCUGAAUGGAAACGUGGGAGUGCUGCGGACCAUGGUCGCGGAAGUCGUCGUCGAGAAAAAGUACCACAGUAGGGCCUUCUUGAUUAUGCCCAUGUGCUUUAAUGUUGGCAUCAUUGUUGGCCCGGCUAUUGGCGGGAUACUGGCUGACCCUGCUAGCACUUAUCCCGGGCUGUUCGGCGGGGUUGAGUGGAUGCGUCGGUGGCGAUAUGCCUUGCCCAAUCUCAUCAGCGCGGUGUUUUUGUGCACAAGUAUGUUAUUGGGAUUCCUCUUUCUGGAAGAGACGCUCGAGUCCAAGAGAUAUAGGAAUAGAACGGAUAUUGGGUUGAAAAUUGGACGGGGAAUUACCUCUUUUGCGAAACGUUUGUACGGCGCAGUCCCUCGCAGAGGGGAUUCCUCCGGAGUAGGUGGACUCGGGGAGUACCAACUCGUGACGAGCCUGGACCGUGAUGAUGAUGGUGAUGAUGAUGGCGAUGGUGGUGGUAGUGACGAUGACACCACCGUGGUGGGUUCGGCAACCCCUCCAUCUUCCUCCUCCGCCUCUAUUCGGUCCAUACCUGUCAGGCCGAAGAAGCCUCCCACACGCCCGGCUCUCCGGGAAAUCUUCACCAGGAACAUCGUCUUCACGCUAAUCGCCUUUGCAACUCUCCCCCUACACAGCGAAACAUUCAUGCACCUCUGGGGAAUAUUCCUCUCAACACCUCGCUCCCUCACACCCCACCCCUCAUCCCUGUUCACGUUUACAGGAGGGCUUGGCCUCCCAGCAAACCAAGUCGGUAUGGCAAUGUCCUACCUCGGCGCUAUCGGAAUCCUAAUGCAACUACUCCUCUACCCCCCACUCCAGGCGAAACUGGGCCUACUGCGCAGCUUCCGGGUCUCCUACAUGAUUUUCCCGAUAGUAUACUUCCUCACACCAUUCCUUGCCCGCGUGCCCUCUACGUCCCCACCCGAGCAGGCGGCAAGUGGAUGGCUUGUCUGGGCUUCCAUUGCCGUUGUCCUGCUAUUGCAAGUCACCGCGCGCACGUUCGCAUUUCCGGGUAGCGUGAUACUACUGACCAAUUCUGUCGAGAAAAGGAGUAUUCUGGGAACGGUACAUGGGGUUGGGAGUUCCCUGGCGAGCGGAUCCCGGGCUGCUGGUCCGGCCACGGGCGGGGCGUUGUACGCUGCUGGGUUGGAGAGUGGUGUCGUCGGGUGCGUGUUUUGGGUCAUGGCGGGGACCGCCACGCUCGGGGCUGGGUGGGCUUGGUUCUUGAAGGAGGGGAGGGGGUUGAUUGACGAUGAGUCUGAGGAGGAGGAAGCAGUGGCUUGA